AUGGAAGUAAUCUGUAUUAUUAUUGAUGAAACAGGACGUAAACCAAAUUGCAAUGGCGUGGGAGCUGCCUGCUUUGACCCUCGCUUCAUAGGUGGAGAUGGCAUUGUGUUCUACUUCCAUGGCAAGGGCAAUGAGCAUUUCAGCCUGGUCUCUGAUAUCAAUCUCCAAAUCAAUUCCCGGUUCACUGGUCUCCGCCCUGCUGUAAGAACCCGGGACUAUACAUGGAUCCAGGCCUUGGGUCUCAUGUUUGGCUCUCACACCUUUACCCUUGAAGCCACAAGAACUGAAAAAUGGGACAACGAGGAGGAUCACUUGCAGUUCUCUUAUGAUGGAGAAGCUUUGUCCAUUCCCGAAAGGCUCUACUCGGAAUGGACCUCUCCAGAAAAUAAUCUCAAAGUGGAGAGAAUUGCAAGCAAGAACAGCGCCAUAGUCACCCUCUCCGAAGCUGUAGAGAUAUCAGUUAAUGUGAUUCCAGUGACGGAGGAAGAUAACAGAAUCCACAAUUACCAGAUACCUUCCAACGACAGUUUCGCCCACUUGGAAGUACAAUUCAGGUUCUUUAAUCUGUCAGCUCAAGUAGAGGGAGUUCUUGGGCAGACUUACCAACCUAACUUCCACAAUACAGCAAAAGCGGGUGUUGCAAUGCCUAUUGUUGGUGGGGCGGACAAGUACAGGACUAGUUCUCUUCUCUCGGCAGACUGUAAGUCAUGCCUGUUCUCUCCCAGCAACAACGUGACAGGAGAGGGCUUACUAUCAAUGGAAUAUGCCACACUUGACUGCACCGGUGGGGUUGGCAGCGGCAAUGGAAUAGUGUGCAGGAAAUGAACACCUGCAUGCCUUCGGUUCUUCCUUUAUGUGAUGUUUGUUUGAAGUACGUAC